AUGCCCAAAUCUAGUCGCAAAGCCGACGACACGUCUUUGCUGAGCUCAUCGCCGCCUGGAAAACUUGGAUACACCGAUGACGAGAACAAUCCGGAUGUCCCAGGGCCGGGGCUUGCAUUCGGUGUCCAGGAGACGCCUGUGGGAAAGACGAUGAACGCACAAGGUCAUGAGUCUUCGCUGAUCACUCCGCCUGAUUCGGGCUCCGCUGCUUCAAAUUCAAAAUCUCCGUCUACAAGCGACCCACGAUCUACCACUGCGUCCUUCACAUUCUCAUUCGACUCACAACCUUCGACUCGGCUGGUUACCUCGGAAUGGGAGACUCGGGCCCAAAGUGCGAGUCCGGCUGCGACAUUGGCCAGACACGCCGCGCAGGGCAGGGAAAAGAAGAAAACACAAUUCCUCGAUCGGAUACGGCGGAGGAGAGAUGAUUCAAGAAGCGAAAUGUACGGAGACCAGGUAUUACGAAUGGACUUUGUGCGUGAGAGAAAGCAGUGGGAAGACGAAAUGAGGCAACGGGCACUGGUGGAGGCAGGUAUUGGGAGUGACGAGGGAGAAGAUGCCGAUAUGCCAGAACAGGAACAGACCGAAAUGUCCCCAACUGUGGAGCAUGAUGUGGAUGAGCUGAUGAGGCAUCUCGAGGAAGCACCAGGUAUAGUGCCAAGGGGUGACGAUGAUGAGUUCCUGGUCGAUGACGAUGACGAGUAUGAUCAUCUGUUUAGGGAGAUUAUAUUGCAGAGUCAGGGCCAGAGCGAAAUCCAAGAUCAGAAUCAGAAUCCGCAGGCAGCAGAGCAGACCAGAGCUGAGAACCAGCUACAGCAAGACGAUGCCGCGCCGUUCAACUCGAGUAUGGAUCUCUCUUGA